AGGUGCCCUUGGUUUCACCCAAAAAUACACCCUUCGAGGCCAACAAAGGCUAGGGACUCGUGACUGUGAUCGCCAGUUCGCAGACGAAAUUACAGAUUCAUAUUAUUGCAGCAUUAUUAUUACACCACUUUCUAUAUUUUAUACUCCAUCCAUGAAUGAUAUAUUCCCUGUAUGAAAGAAAUACCCAGCUGAAUUAUAAUGCUGGUUUUGAGCUGAUUUUCUGGUGAUUGGCAGCACAAGAAAUCCAGGAAAAAAGAAGAGAAAAAUCAGGUUUUUUUCCCAUCUCUUUUGAUUGGGGGCAGCCCAAGACAAUGGAGGUUCCAUUGACAUUUGAGAGACCUCUGGGUUCAAGAACAAGAAUAAUCAGUAGCAGUAGCAGCACAUCACAAGUAAAUCUUUUCUUCAAGACUAAACCUUUCUUUGGGGUCUUCCCACAUGACUGCACCACUCUAUCCGCACAGUCUUCUAAACAGAACAAAGUUCAAGUGGGGGGACGGUUUCUACAUCAUAUUAGUGCAAGUGCAGAAUUUUCAAAAAGGAAGAGAAGAGUUUCAACUCCAGGAAGCGAAGGAUCUUCCCCUAAAGGAUUUUCACCAAGAACAGCAGCUGGAAUGAGUAACCGAAGAAGGGAUCAAAAGAGCAAGAAUGAAAGAGAAAGUCAAAAAACUUCAACAUCCAAAGAAUCUGAAGCCCCCUACAAGAAAAAGAUUGAUACCAAAAUUGAUGGCAAUGAAGAUGAUAUUCAAGGAGUUGAAGAAGAAGAGGAAACUGGAGAUCAAGAAACUGGUACCGAUUUAACUCAGUUUGCAAGUAAUGGAGCAGCCAGAAAAGUUACAAGGAAUCGAAUAAAUUCAACUGAGGUGGAAAGAGUAGCAACUGGUGGUGCUUUAGUUGUUUCAGAUAGAACCAGAUUAAAGGAUAUGUCAUUAUCUGAUAAUGAAAGUUUCCAGUUCAAGAAUUUGAAAGAAACAUCCAUUGCUGAAAGUAUCUUGGGAAGUGAUGCUUCAAAUGAGAUAGAUUCCGAGGUUAUUGUAAGCGGACAAAAGGAAGACGGUCACUCUCUAAAGUUAAAGCUUGAGAUGGAAGCAAAUCGAAAAAGGCAAGCUGUUGAAAGGCUUGCCGAGGAAAAUUUCAUGGGAAAGAACAAUUUUUUCUGUUAUCCCGAGGAGGUAAAACCCGAUGAAGAGGUGGAAAUAUUUCUUAACAAAAGUCUCUCCGCUUUGAAAAAUGAGUCUUGUGUAAUAAUCACAGGAGGAUUUAACGACUGGCAUUGGAAAUCUUUUACAAUGGAUCUUAACAAGACAGAUUUAAAAGGAGAUUGGUGGUCUUGCAGGCUUCAUGUUCCCAGGGAAGCAUACAAUAUUCAUUUUGUGUUUUUUAAUGGAAAGGAUGUCUACGAAAACAACAAUAUGAAAGAUUUCUCUAUAACCAUAAAAGGUGGUAUGACUGCUCUUGACUUCGAAAAUUUCUUGCUUGAGGAGAAGAAGAGAGAGUUGCAAAAGAUGGCCGAGGAAAAAGCACAAAGGGAAAGAGAAGAAGAAGAAAGGAGAAAAAUAGAAGCAGAGAAGGCUGCAAGUGAGGCUGAUAGAGCUAAGGCCAAAGGAGAGGUUUCAAAGACAAAGAAAAUGCUGGAAGCUGCAAUGGAUAAGGCCUUAAAAUCUGGUGGUAGUGACAACUGGUAUAUAACACCGGAAGAUUUCAAAUGGAAGGAGAAGAUUAAAUUAUAUUAUAACAAAAGUUCGGGCCCGCUUUCCCAUGCUAGGGAAAUAUGGGUUCAUGGAGGACACAAUAAUUGGAAAAAUGGUGUGUCUAUUGUCACACAGCUUUCUAGAUCCAAACGGAAGGAUAGUGACUGGUGGUAUGCCGAUGUUGUUGUUCCUGAUAGAGCACUUGUCCUGGAUUGGGUUUUUGCUGAUGGGCCGACUGGGAAUGGAAUGGUUUAUGAUAACAAUUCUCGGAAGGACUUUCAUGCCAUUGUCGUAGGAAAACUCCAGGAAGAACUGUAUUGGGUUGAGGAAGAACAUCAGAUAUAUAUGAGACUUCAGGAGGAGAGAAGGUUAAGGGAUGAGGCAAUUCGGGCUAAGGCUGAAAGAACAGCGCGCAUGAAGGCGGAGAUGAAAGAAAGAACUCGGAAGUCAUUUUUGUUGUCUCAGAAACACAUAGUAUACACUGUGCCUUUUGAUGUUGAAGCUGGGAGUACAGUCACAGUUCACUAUAAUCCUGCUAAUACAGUCUUAAGUGGAAAACCUGAAGUCUGGUUUAGAUGCUCAUUUAACCGCUGGACUCACCGCUUGGGCCCACUGCCACCUCAGAAAAUGCUUCCUGUCAAAAACAGUUCACAUGUUAAGGCAGAUGUCAAAGUUCCAUUGGAUGCAUAUAUGAUGGACUUUGUGUUCUCUGAGAAAGAAGAUGGAGGAGUGUUUGACAACAGGAAUAACAUGGACUAUCACAUUCCUGUGUCCGGAUCAAUUCUUAAAGAGCCUCCCAUGCACAUUGUGCAUAUUGCAGUUGAAAUGGCUCCCAUUGCAAAGGUGGGAGGCCUUGGUGAUGUUGUCACCAGUUUAUCUCGUGCCGUUCAAGAAUUAAACCACACCGUGGAUAUCAUCCUUCCCAAGUAUGACUGCCUGAACUUUACUCAGGUGAAGGACUUACAUGUCAAGAAAAGCUAUUCUUGGGGAGGAACGGAAAUAAAAGUUUGGUUUGGGAAAGUCGAAGGCCUCUCAGUGUACUUUUUGGAGCCUCAAAACGGCUUCUUUUGGAAAGGAUGCAUAUAUGGUUGUAACAAUGAUGCAGAGAGAUUCGGCUUCUUUUGUAAUGCUUCUUUGGAGUUUCUACAGCAGGGUGGAUUCCAUCCGGAUAUAAUCCAUUGCCAUGAUUGGUCAAGUGCUCCAGUAGCAUGGUUGUUUAAGGAGCAAUACCGCCACAAUUCUCUGGGUAAAGCUCGUCUUGUCUUCACAAUCCAUAACCUUGAAUUCGGUGCACAUUUCAUUGGCAAAGCAAUGCAAUACUCGGAUAAAGCCACAACGGUAUCGCCCAAUUAUUCGAAGGAAGUGUCCGGAAACCCAAUAAUUGCCCCACACCUUUACAAGUUUCAUGGCAUACUUAAUGGGAUUGAUCCCGACAUCUGGGACCCGUUGAAUGACAAAUUCAUCCCGAUUCCAUAUGCCUCAGAUAAUGUUGUUGAAGGGAAAAGGGCAGCAAAAGAAGCUCUACAACAAAGACUAGGGCUGAGGAGAGCUGAUUAUCCUCUGGUGGGAAUCAUUACCCGUUUAACGCACCAGAAAGGACUCCACCUCAUUAAACACGCCCUUUAUCGUACAAUGGAACGUAACGGACAGGUAGUCUUGCUAGGGUCAGCACCCGAUCCGCGCAUUCAAAAUGAAUUUGUAAAUUUGGCAAACCAUUUUCAUUCAGCUUUUGCUGACCGUGCACGUCUCUGUCUAACAUACGAUGAACCUCUUUCUCACCUGAUAUACGCCGGUGCAGAUUUUAUCCUUGUCCCUUCUAUAUUUGAACCAUGUGGACUAACUCAGCUCAUAGCAAUGAGAUAUGGUUCCAUACCCGUUGUUCGCAAGACUGGAGGACUUUAUGAUACGGUGUUUGAUGUGGACCAUGACAAGGAGAGAGCCGAAGCUUGCGGCAUUGAACCAAAUGGGUUCAGCUUUGAUGGUGCGGAUGCGGGCGGAGUUGAUUAUGCUCUCAAUCGAGCGAUAUCGGCUUGGUAUGACGCACGGGAUUGGUUGAACCGGUUGUGUGCGAAGGUGAUGGAGCAAGAUUGGUCUUGGAAUCGACCCGCUCUCGACUACUUAGAGCUUUACCACGCUGCUCGCAAAUAAAUAAAUAAAUAAAUAAUGCAAUC